GUCCCUACCCAAGCCAGGGACUAUCCAAGGCCUAUGUUGCUCUCUCUAGGACAUAGUUUUAGUCCCUAGCAAACCUAGGUUCUAUCCACUGGCCUAUGUUCCUCUCAGUAGGACGUAGUUUUAGUAACUACCCAAGCUAGGUUCUAUCCACUGGCCUAUGUUCCUCUCAGUAGGACGUAGUUUUAGUCCCUACCCAAGCUAGGUUCUAUCCAAGGCCAAUGUUGCUCUCACUAGGACGUAGCUUUAGUCCCUAUUAAAGCUAGGUUCUAUCCACUGGCCUAUGUCCUCCUCUCAGUAGGACGUAGUUUUAGUAACUACCCAAGUUAGGUUCUAUCUAAGGCCUGUGUUGCUCUCCAGGAUGUAGUUUUAGUCCCUACCAAAGCUAGGUUCUAUCCACUGGCCUAUGUUCCUCUCAGUAGGAUGUAGUUUUAGUCCCUACCCAAGUUAGGUACUAUCUAAGGCCUAUGUUGCUCUCUAGGAUGUAGUUUUAGUCCCUACCAAAGCUAGGUUCUAUCCACUGGCCUAUGUUCCUCUCAGUAGGACGUAGUUUUAGUCCCUACCCAAGCUAGGUUCUAUCCAAGGCCAAUGUUGCUCUCACUAGGACGUAGCUUUAGUCCCUAUUAAAGCUAGGUUCUAUCCACUGGCCUAUGUCCUCCUCUCAGUAGGACGUAGUUUUAGUAACUACCCAAGUUAGGGUCUAUCUAAGGCCUGUGUUGCUCUCCAGGAUGUAGUUUUAGUCCCUACCAAAGCUAGGUUCUAUCCACUGGCCUAUGUUCCUCUCAGUAGGAUGUAGUUUUAGUCCCUACCCAAGUUAGGUACUAUCUAAGGCCUAUGUUGCUCUCUAGGAUGUAGUUUUAGUCCCUACCCAAGCUAGGUUCUAUCCAAGGGCUAUGUUGCUCUCUCUCGGACGUAGUUUUAGUUCCUACCAAAACUAGGUUCUAUCCACUGGCCUAUGUUCCUCUCUCUCGGAUGUAGUUUUAGUCUCUACCCAAGUUAGGUUCUAUCCAAGGCCUAUGUCCUUCUCUCUCGGACGUAGUUUUAGUCCCUACCAAAGCUUUGUUCUAUUAACUGGCCUAUGUUCCUCUCUCUAGGAUGUCGUUUUAGUCCCUACCCAAGCUAGGUACUAUCCAUGGCCGAUGUUGCUCUCUCUAGGACGUAGUUAUAGUCCCUACCAAAGCUUGGUUCUAUCCACUGGUCUAAGUUCCUCUCUCUGGGACGUAGUUUUAGUCCCUACCCAAACUAGGUACUAUCCAUGGCUGAUUUUGCGCUCUCUAGGACGUAGUUAUAGUCCCUACCAAAGCUGGGUCUAUCCACUGGCCUAUGUUCCUCUCGGUAGGACGUAGUUUUAGUCCCUACCAAAGCUACGUCCUAUCCACUGGCCUAUGUUCCUCUCUCUAGGAUGUAGUUUUAGUCCCUACCCUAGCUAGGGACUAUCCAAGGCCUAUGUUGCUCUCCCUAGGAUGUAGUUUUAGUCCCUACCAAAGCUAGGUUCUAUCCACUGACCUAUUUUCCUCUCAGUAGGACGUAGUUUUAGUUCCUACCCAAGUUAGGUUCCAUCCACUGGUCUAUGUUCCCCUCUGGGACCUAGUUCUAGUCUUUACAUUAGUUCCCAUCCUGUGUUUUUCGUCCCUGGACUUUGGUGCGUAGGGUUGUUCAUCAUGCAUGUUGGGAUGUUGAUGGUAUGAUCCCCCCACUGACCAUCCCACAGUCUGCGUUCACUACAUAUACUUCAGGGUGUUCGUCCGAAACGGAAACCCGCAGUCUGGCUGAGAUGGAAGGUUCCAUCGUGAAGAGCAACACAAGUUUCUACCACAUCCAGAAACUUUUGGAUCGAGGAACCAGCAGCCACGUCUUCAGAUGUAGCAACUUGGGAACGGCAAAGAACAUGGCCCUGAAAGUCCACAAAAACUAUGCCUUAUUUGAAAAUGAGAUCGACAUGCAGGAGAUCGUGAGCGUGCUGGACCCGGAAAAGAAGAGCAUCGUGGAGUUUAUCGAGACGUUUACCUUCAAUGGACACCCUUGUCUGGUCUUUGAGCUGCUGGACACCAGCUUGUUCAGCAUGGUCUACGACAAACGCUGGAAGACCUUCUCGCCCAACGACAUCCGACCCGUUGCCCAGCAGCUGCUGACGGCCUUUGAUGCUCUCAAGAGCAUCGGCGUGAUCCACACGGACCUGAAGUCGGACAACAUCAUGCUGGUCAACCAUGCAAUUCAGCCCUUCAGGGUUAAGCUCAUCGACUUCGGCUUGUCCAUCACCACUUCGGAAGCGCCGCUCAGUUACGGCGUGGCCCUGCAGCCCAUGGGCAACAGGGCACCCGAAGUCGCUCUGGGUCUUCCCUUCGCCGAAGCCAUCGACAUGUGGUCUCUGGGCUGCGUCCUGUCCUUCUUGUACCUCGGCAACUACCUCUUUUUGGCUAACUCCAACUACAACAUGCUGCGCAGCAUGGUUGAGGUCGUAGGACGUAUUCCUGACCAUCUCCUUAGCGCCAGCAAAAACACUCACAAAUAUUUCAAGAGGAGCAACAGAGACAUUGACGGCGAUCACCCAAAGUGGCGACUGAUGACGGAGAAGGAGUACCAGGACAAAACUGGCGUCCGUCCUGAUGCAUUGCCGUGGUCUUUCAAAUGUUUGGACGACCUGAUCAAACUUAACCCGCAGGUGAACGAUCCCAUUGAGUUGGAGGACCGUAAGGCCUUUGUGGACCUCCUCACGUGUCUUCUCCAUAUGGACCCUGAGCGGAGGAUCACCCCUGAGGAGGCUCUUAAGCACCCCUUCCUGACCAUGAGCCACCUGAGUGAGCACCGGAACAGCAGCUUAUAUGUGGCGGAUAGCUUUGACAAGAUGAAAUUCUGCCCAGCCAAUUACUUCCACAAGGACCCCAUUGACCCUAAACCUGACGUUGGUCUUAUCACCGACCCAAAGAACUGGCGGCAAAAGUUCUGUCAACUUUUCAGGACUAAAAAAAGGACAGAAGAACCUGUUCCGCAUGUCAAGCUGAAGACCUGGUUGCAGAACCUUUGUCAGACCAACAGCAGACCUGGUCCGCCGGAAAAAGGUCUCGAAUCCCCUGGUCUAUGUCCACGGCAGCAGUCCAAAAAAACCUGGUGCAAAACAAUCCGGCAUUUCUUUCGAAGGAACCAGAUCGGUCCAGAACUGGAACACCAAAGCCACAUCAAACCUGACCACAACAACCAGACACCGCAAGUUAAAAACGACGGGUCAUCGAAUGUUAAAAAGGACGAGUCACAGAGAGAUAAAAAGGACCAGUCGGCAGCAGCAAAAAAAAGGGCCAAAGUUGACUUGAAGACAACUCGGGUGGCGACUAAAAGGCGCAGGGACAUGACCUUUGACAUGAACUACCUCAACUACCUGCGCUCGGAUGUCAACCAGAAACCCAGAAAGUCCGACACUUUGGAGAACCUCUGACCUCAGCUACCUCUCAGAUGAGAUCACCUUGACCUCGGCUACCUCAUCAUUUGCACAAGCGACCGACGGAACGCCCGAGACUGUUCCGUAGCAGGACUUGUUUCUCAAGGAGCACUUUAUUGGACCAAAGCAAGUUUACCUCAAAGCACAGGUUCUUUGAAUUGAAUACCCAUUGAAUACACAAUGGGUAAAGAACCAGUCUAGCACCUUUAGGACCAAUGUUGUACCAGUUUAUAACCUACACAGUAUUCUAUUAUUAUAUAAUUAUAAUUAGGUGCGGCUCGGUUGGGUCUACAUGGACUCUUAUCUUGGUUCUAAUUGCCGGUUUUAAUGACGCAGAAAGUUCUAGUCCCUGCAGGUGAUGUGACUGGUGUCUGUUGACAGACCUAAGAGCACCGUGGUUGGGCUUCCUACAAGAACCCGACAGAACUUUGGUGUUGGAUAAAUCACAGCUCAUCUUCCUCGCCAACGCGGUUCAAAUAAAUAUUCAUGACCUAUUGAAAUGUACGCACAUCAGCCAGGUGGUAAGCGCACCACAGCAAUUCCGCUUUGUGCCUGUCUCUGCUCUUUGCUCUUCUUUCAGUGUGCCGAUGGACCCAGCAAGCACCGCCACAAUCCUGAGAACCGGACCGUUUGUCAGAAGCAUCGUACUCUGCAAAGGGGAAGUACUCUCAAGUCCACUUUUUUUUUCUAUUUGCAGCUGAUAUUGAUCUACAUUUGGACUAUUAGUACGCAUAAGAUGUAGUUUUAGUCCCUACCCAAGCUAGGUUCUAUCCAAGGCCUAUGUUGCUCUCUCUAGGACGUAGUUUUAGUCCCUACCCAAGCUAGGUUCUAUCCAAGGGCUAUGUUGCUCUCUCUCGGACGUAGUUUUAGUCCCUACCAAAACUAGGUUCUAUCCACUGGCCUAUGUUCCUCUCUCUCGGAUGUAGUUUUAGUCUCUACCCAAGUUAGGUUCUAUCCAAGGCCUAUGUCCUUCUCUCUCGGACGUAGUUUUAGUCCCUACCAAAGCUUUGUUCUAUUAACUGGCCUAUGUUCCUCUCUCUAGGAUGUCGUUUUAGUCCCUACCCAAGCUAGGUACUAUCCAUGGCCGAUGUUGCUCUCUCUAGGACGUAGUUAUAAUUCUCCCGCCCCUUGGUUAUGGCCCUCCUACUCCGAGAUGCGAAUGUUCCAGGUUUUUAGUUAGCCAGUCUUAAGUAGGUCUAAGGACUGAUUCUUCAGUAAUUUUAGACCCUGGUUUUAGCUGGUCCUCAUUUACCACAGAGACAGCGGAGGCAUAGAGGCAAGACCUGCAAAAUUUAGGUACACUUCCGUCCAAAUGAUAAGGUUCCGAUAAAAUGAAAACACUUUUAGCCUAAAUUUGAGGUAAUAUAAAGUACAAAUGAGGCCACAGUUGUCUGUGCAGCUAAAAUCCACAUUUUGCCAAAACGUUCGGCUAAAAUAAGGGACGGGGCGACAUCACCUUCCCAUUUAAGUCAGUAUUAAACAGGGGUCUCAAACUCAAUUUACCUGGGGGCCACUGGAUGCAGAAACUGGGUGAGGCUGGGCCGCGGGAAAAGAUUUCUUUAAAAAUCUAAUAUGCACUUUUUAACAAAAUCACCUUCUUUGAGUGGCUUUCCCGCCCCACGAUCUUUCCGGGAAACACCUCAAAUUCAGUGCACCUCCCAACAAUCUCCCGGUUUUCGCCCGGACAACAACAUCCUUGGCGUGCCGUGUUGCCAUUGCCUUUAGUGUCCUCUACCGUACAGUCUGCCGUCUCGUCUGCUUACCCACCAUUUUUAAUUUUCCUGAAGGAACUCACCUGAAGGAAUCAAUAAAGUACUAUCUAUCUAUCAUACAAAUAGUCACAUUGUAAGGGUCUUCUGCAGACUCACAGAAGUGACUGCAAGACAUACUUGGUCAA